AGAUAUAUGCAGCAGAGGGGUAGCAGCAAGAAAAGGCUUAUCCAGAAGAAAGGACCCAAUCCAAGAAAAUGGCUCUUGUACUCUUCACUGCGAUUAACCCACACAUAAGCUCUCUCUCAUCCUCAUCAUCUUCUUCAAUCUUGCCUUUCUCUUCACUUCCAUCUUCUAGGCUGAGCUUGAAGUUCACUAGUUCAAGGUCAAAACUCUCAGAAGGGGGUGACAUUUGUACACCUUUUGUGGCUAGACAAAGGGAUUCUUUUGUAGUCAAGGCAUCUGCAGAAAUUGAUGGUACGGGUUCAGAUGCUCCUGAGACUCCCUCUGAGAGUAAAGAAGAAACUGUGCCAGUUGAGAACCUUCCUUUGGAGUCUAAACUUCAAUUAAAGCUCGAGGCAAAGAUAAGAAUGAAAUUGGCAAAGAAGAUUAGGCUUCGAAGGAAGAGGCUUGUCAGGAAGCGUCACUUGAGGAAGAAGGGCAGGUGGCCACCUUCAAAGAUGAAGAAAAACAAGAAUGUAUGAUGUUCUCGCUCGAGCUCUUAUGCGGGUAUAUUGCUGGCCCUUUUAGUUUAUGAUCUUGAUUACAAGCUCAGUUUUCUAUUUUGUGUUUUGCUCAAUGUCAAAAAUGUAAUUUUUAAGUCUAUUACUAUCGACUAGAAAUAUAUCAAAUUUGAUUCA